AUGAAAGUAUUAUGUGUCGCAGAGAAGAAUUCUAUAGCAAAGGCGGUUUCACAGAUCUUGGGGGGAGGCAGAUCGACUUCGAGGGAUUCUGGCUAUAUGUAUGUGAAGAACUAUGACUUCAUGUUUAGCGGGUUUCCCUUUGCCAGGAAUGGGGGUGACUGCGAAGUGACCAUGACCAGUGUUGCGGGGCACUUGACGGGCAUUGAUUUCAGCCAUGACUCGCAUGGGUGGGGGAAGUGCGCCAUCCAGGACUUAUUCGAUGCGCCACUGGAUGAGAUCAUGAAUAACAACCAGAAAAAGAUAGCAAGCAACAUCAAGCGGGAGGCCAAGAACGCUGAUUACCUAAUGAUAUGGACGGAUUGCGACCGAGAAGGAGAGUACAUAGGCUGGGAGGUAUGGCAAGAGGCCAAGAGGGGCAACAGGCGCAUACAAGACGACCAGGUGUACCGGGCAGUCUUUUCGCAUCUGGAAAGACAACACAUAUUGCACGCAGCAAGAAACCCAAGCCGAUUGGACAUGAAGAGCGUCCAGGCCGUGGGGACGCGUAUCGAAAUCGAUCUUCGAGCGGGUGUGACGUUUACCAGGCUUUUGACAGAAACGCUACGAAGCAAGCUAAGAACCCAAAAUGCCACAGCUAACGGCGGGGGGAAAAACCGCGGUGGUGGCAAGAACGACUCGCAAGUCGUGUCGUAUGGUACGUGCCAGUUUCCGACGCUCGGAUUCGUGGUAGACAGGUUUGAAAGAAUACGAAAUUUUGUUCCCGAGGAGUUCUGGUACAUCCAGUUAGUGGUCGAUAACAAGGACAGCGGCGGGACGACAACGUUCCAAUGGGACAGAGGCCACCUGUUUGAUCGCCAGAGCGUGCUUACCUUUUACGAGACAUGCAUCGAGACCGCGGGCGGCGUGGCCAAAGUGGUGGACCUGAAAUCGAAGCCUACGUCAAAGUACAGACCAUUGCCCCUAACAACCGUGGAGUUGCAAAAAAACUGUUCUCGAUACCUGCGUCUCAAUGCCAAACAAUCGCUGGACGCGGCAGAAAAGCUGUACCAAAAGGGGUUUAUAUCCUACCCCAGAACAGAGACCGAUACUUUCCCGCAGGCGAUGCACCUGAAAUCCCUGGUGGAGAAGCAAGCGCAACUAGAUCAGCCCGGCGCAGGCGGCAAAACCGCAUGGGCAUCGUAUGCGGCGUCGCUGCUCCUUCCUGAAAGCACAAGCGGUAACAACACCAACAGAUUCCAGCUCCCUCGAGGCGGCUCCCACGACGACAAGGCCCACCCUCCCAUCCAUCCCAUCGUCAGCCUGGGACCCGACGCAAAUGUCUCGCCCGUGGAAAGAAGAGUAUACGAAUACGUGGCAAGACACUUCCUGGCAUGCUGCUCAGAGGACGCCAAGGGCCAGUCGACGACCCUCGUGUUGGACUGGGCUGGCGAACGAUUUUCCUCCUCGGGCCUCGUAGUCCUCCAGAGAAACUUCCUCGACGUCUACCCAUGGGCCCGAUGGGAAACCACCAAGCAGCUGCCCCGGCUCGACAUGGAUGCCCUCGUGGACAUCGCAAAGGCCGAAAUGAAGAUGGGCACCACGGCGCCGCCCAAGCCCAUGACGGAAAGCGAGCUCAUCAUCCUCAUGGACGCCAACGGCAUCGGCACGGAUGCCACCAUCGCGGAACACAUAGACAAGAUCCAAGUGCGCAAUUACGUCAGGAGCGAAAAGGCGGGCAAAGAAACCUACCUGCUGCCUACCACCCUGGGAGUCUCGCUCGUGCACGGCUUCGAGGCCAUCGGCCUCGAAGACUCCUUCGCAAAGCCGUUCCAACGCAGAGAAAUGGAGGAAGACCUCAAGAAAAUCUGCGACGGUCAUGCCUUCAAGGCAGACGUCGUCAAAGACAUAGUCGAGAAGUACAGAAAGUACUGGCACAAGACGAAUGGCUGCAAGAAUACCCUGUUGCAAGUCUAUGACCGUGUCAAGGCUUCUAUGUAA